CUGAUGCAUCAAUGGAGAGCUAAAAAAACCGCAUGAGCGCACGAUCAGCGGGGAAUCUGGAACUUCUUUUUCCUGUUUCUUUUUACAGUAUUUCUUUUGAACAUUUUGACGGUGCGUGCAGAAAUUCAGACCACUUAUUUCAAGUUUUAUUGAAGUGACGCAAGGUGCUAGUUAACAGAUCACAAUGAUGACCAAACCUUAUGGAAAGCCAGGAGAUGUGACUGAGCUGGUCAGCUCCCUUGGAUGGAUGGAGGAGGACCUCAGCUCACAGGAUGGUGACGGGACACCUGAGAUAGGAGGUCACUAUGCACUGAGUAGGAGCAAUCAUGGACCUGUGGAACUGGGUAGUGAGGAUAUGGAGGAAGAGGAUGAUGAGGAUGAAGAAGAGGUUGGUCUUGACGGAGAAAAUGCACCCAAGCGGAGAGGUCCUAAAAAGAAGAAAAUGACCAAAGCUAGACAGGAACGAUUCCGCACGCGCCGCGUCAAGGCCAAUGCCAGGGAACGUUCACGCAUGCACGGGCUGAAUGAUGCAUUGGACAACUUGCGGCGCGUCAUGCCUUGUUACUCAAAGACCCAGAAGCUUUCCAAAAUCGAGACUCUGCGGCUGGCCCGCAACUACAUCUGGGCGCUCUCCGAGGUUCUGGAGAAUGGCCAGUCACCUGAGAGCCAUGGCUUUGUGGAGAUGCUAUGCAAGGGGCUUUCACAACCUACCAGCAACUUAGUGGCUGGCUGCCUACAAUUGGGACCUUCAACCAUGCUGCUCAACAACCUAGAUGAAAAGUGUGGGGUACCAGGAGGUCAGCAGGGUCACCCCAUUAGCUAUCCCUCACCAGGACUGCCCAGUCCACCCUACGGCUCAUUGGAGGCCUCACACUUGCUACAUCUGAAGGGCUUCAAGGGGGCUGCUUAUGAGAACUCCUCACCCAACGAAUGUAGCAAUGGCACGCCACCUUACGAUGGCCCUCUUACACCACCUCUUAGUAUCAGUGGCAACUUCGCCCUGAAGCAGGAGCCUUCACCUCACAAGACAGAGAGAAACUUUACGCCUCACCCAACCCAUGCCGUCCAUUACCUCUCCUCACACCCCUACCCACCCUCUUCCUUGGCAGGUCUUUCAGCUCCUCAGGGUCACACGCUAUUCCCAGGCUCCCGGUACGAGCUUCCUUUAGACAUGGCUUUCGAGCCGUUUGCCCCUUCACACAUGGUGACAUCACAGAUGAGCACCAUUUACAGUGAAUGAACAAAUAAGUCUUCCUGACCGCAAGUCUGCCUCCUACUCCUCAGUGUGCCUCCAAGGGCCCAGCACAUUCAAGGAGACACUUUGCAUGUUUCCUGUCUGAUCCCUUAAGAGACCACAGCAAUCACUGAGAGAGACAUAUAGUAUCUGAAACGUAACCUACCUGUGGCAAUUUAAGAGAAAGAGAUGCAUAUUUUCGUUAAUUUAUUCUUGUUUUAUGUCAUGACUGAGUUUGUUACUAUUUUAAAUGUUAUUUUUAUUUGUUCUGGAAUUUGCAUUCUCUGUACAUCUGAUGUUCUCUUCUUCAAAGAAGAUGUUUUGUGCACAUGCCAUUAACAUGCAGCAAAUAGACACAAAGACAAAUGGGACCUCUUGGCAGGUUGUUGUUUCCUCCAAACAAAACAAAGAAAAGACAAUGAAGGAAAUGGAACAUAAAUUUAGCACAAUACAUUUGCCAUUACAAAAGCUUUUUAUUUAUGACUGUAUUUAAUAUUUAUUUUGACGACAGUUGUUCAUGUUUUGAAGCAAUUUGUCAGCACUGUUUAUUGGUUCUUUGGUACACUGCCAGUCACUGCUACCAGUUCUCAUAAAGUAUCUAAUUUAUUUAUUUAGAAUUUUUUCAGUUUAAUGUAUUUUUUCUCAUUCUCCACUAUAUUUGAAAUUUUGCUCAAACAUUUGUAAAUAUUUACUUGUUUCGCACUUAUAAGAAAAUAAAUAUUCUUAUACAAUA